CGUCCCCGCCGCACCGCUCCGCUCCCGGUACCGCUCCCUUCCCCGUCCCGUCCCCGCCGCACCGCUCCCGGUGCUGCUCCCGGUGCCGCUCCCGUCCCAUCAGCGCCGGUCCCUCUGUGCCGGUGCCGGUCCCGCCCCGUCAGUGCCGCUCCCGGUGCUCAUCCCGUCCCGUCCGGUGGGCGCGGAUGGCGGCGGGCCCGUGGCUGCUGCUGGCCGCGGUUCUGUGCGCGGCGGCAGAGCCGUCGUGCCCGGCGGGCGCGGAGCGGCGGCUGCUGGAGGAGGUGGCCAAGAAGCAGCUGCUGGAAAAGCUGAGGCUCCGCGAUCGACCCCGGCUCACCCACGCUGUGCCCCGCGCCGCCGUGGCUCGAGCCCUGCGGCGGCUGCAGGCGGGAGGCGCCCGCCGGAGCCCCGGUGUUACCGGCGAGGAGGAGGAGGAGGAGCAGGGCUACGAGAUCAUCAGUUUCGCGGAGACAGAUCUCACAUCUCCCUCCAGUUUGGGGCUGCAAUUCCAGUUCAGCCAGGCGCAGGACCAGGACAUUCGCAUCCUGCAGGCUCAGCUCUGGCUCUACCUGCGAGUGCCCCGCGCCAGCCUCACCCUGAGGAUCUUCCUGGCCGGUGAAGCCGGGGCCGUGGCGGGGGGCAAUCGCACUCUGCUGGGGGAGAGGCGGCUGAGCUCGGCGGGCAGCGGCUGGAGCUCCUUCCCCCUCCUGCCGGCCCCGCGGAGCUUCCCCGGGGGGCAGAGCCGGAGCCUGCGGCUGGAACUGGAGAGCCACGGGGAUGGCAGCGAUGUCAUGGCACAGGUCAACGCCAGCCGGUCCCACCAGCCCUUCCUGGUGACCAAGGUGAAGGUGAGGGAGCCCGAACACCGCGUGGCCAAGCGCAGCCUCCGCUGCAGCCAGAACUCCAACCUGUGCUGCCGCAAGGAUUACUACGUGGACUUCCGCGACAUCGGCUGGAACGACUGGAUCAUCAAGCCCGAGGGCUACCAGAUAAAUUACUGCGUGGGCCAGUGCCCUCUGCACAUGGCAGGCAGCCCUGGCAUGGCCUCUUCCUUCCACACGGCCGUCUUCAACCUCGUCAAAGCCAACAACAUCCAGGCGUCGGGGCAUUCCUGCUGCGUGCCCACGCGGCGCCGGCCGCUCUCCGUGCUCUACUUCGAUCGCAACAGCAAUAUCGUCAAGACUGACAUUCCUGACAUGAUUGUUGAUGCAUGUGGCUGUAGUUAGGGCUGGGGGAGCUGUGCUGGGACCCCUUUUCUCCAGGACAGUCCCUCUGGAGGGAGCUGGAGAGCUCCAUGAGCCGGAGUCAGCCCUCGGUGCGAUGGACUCCUUUGGGAAGGUUGGGAGGGAGAGGAUCUCACCGGGGGGAGCAGGGAAUCUGCAGAGAGUUCCUGGAGCAGGGGACUCUGGGGACAUGGGACAGAGCCAUGGCCACACUGGACUGCCCAGGCCUGGGCUGUGCAUGUUGAUGACUCUGGACAUCCCUGCCUGCACUGUUCCCAAGCUGAUCCCGCACUCCUGGUGCUGUGGGGGCCCUGUUUGGUUCACAUUCAGUGUCUGAUGAGUGGUUGGGUCGGGGCUUCCUUGGGGGCAGAGUAGGAUGCAGAAACGGAGCUGUUUCCUCCACAUGGGAAUCUGGAGGACAAAGCAGUCCUGCUUGCUUCCCUUCUGGAACAAACCUUCCUGCAUCCAGCUCAGGCCUGCUCUGGGGACGGAUGGAAUGGGGCACAAAUAACAGGCCUGGGAGAGGAGGAUGAAGGGUACAACUUCAUCACGAAACUCAAAACAUCAGUGACUGGACAAAGUUCUCAGAUCCCUGGAGGGCGUGGAGCUGUGAGGACCAAACUUGGAGGUCCUGGUGUUCUCCCCCUAUCCCUGGGUUUGUGCUUUCCUCCCCUGCUCCCACCCACCAGCCGGGUCUCCUCCAGCCUGGUGCCUCCAUAAGGGAAGAUCUGCCUCAAACUUUGCCUUCAAAACCUCACUCAAGGAACAGAUUUGGUUUGUGCCACUGGUUUUGCAGCUGUUCCUACUUUCUCAGUUCCUGCAGCCGUUGGGACUCCUUGGUGCUCCAUCCUCUGCUGAAGAUCCCACUCUGCCUUCCCCCUUCUCGUGCACCCACAUGAUCUCCUCUUUAAUUUAUUACACAACAUUUUGGUGCAGCUUCCCAAAUAAACGGGUGGAAAUGCAA